AUGGGCAAUCUCGUUUCGCAAUAUUUCGGUGGAGGGUUCAAAAAAUCGAAAGUAAUCGCAACAAAUUAUGGCGAGAUAACAGGCCAGUCGAUUCAAAUUGAUGGCAAUCGCUUUGUAAAUAUAUUUCUUGGUAUUCCGUUCGCAAAGCCACCCGUUGGGGAAUUGAGAUUUCAGAAACCAGUUCCACCGGAACCGUGGGAUGGUGUGCGCGAAUGCAUCAAACACCCGUGUCGUGCGCCUCAGCAUGAUUUACUGGUUGAAAAGUUCCUCGUACGAGUUCCAAUCAGCGAAGAUUGCUUGUAUGUGAAUGUGUUUGCGCCCGAUUGGGAUUACUCACCAAAUGAUCAGGAGUUCCCUUCUGAUUCGCAAGAUUGA